AUUACCUUCAGAAUGGAAAAUUUGUAAUGGUCGGCUAGUGUUGCAUGGUGUAGUAAAUCACGGUUCCGAGGAUAAUAGAAGAAAUAUUACAAAAAUAAUUCGAAAUGAAUCCUUUGAUAUAUUCGAAAACUUUAACGAAUAAUCAUAGAAGAUUAAUUAGACAGUAUUGGUGUCUAAAAUCAUGGUAUAAUAGUAAUCAUACUAAUUCUAUUCCAAGUGUUAUAUGUAUAGAUUUAAAGAGACCAACAUGCAAUCAAACUUUAGUAGACUUCGUUCUAUUGGAUACCCAUUCAAAAAAUAUGAUGUAUCUACAAACUCGUUCAUUCUCGAGAUCUUUAGUUUUCCAUGGUCAGGAACCAUCUUCUAAAAUUGAAGAAACUGUUAAAAAUAUAAAAGAACAAAAAGAAUUGAAAGAAAAAUCAAUCGAAAGUAAAUCUCAACCCAUUGUUUCAUCGACCGAUAAAGCUUUGAUGGAAAAGAAACCUUCAUUAUUAGAAAGAGUGAAAGGGGAAUUAAUACAUUAUUACCAUGGCUUUCGAUUACUAGGAUUAGAUAUGAAAGUUUCUGCCAAAUUGAUUUGGAGAAUCUUGCAGGGUAAAGAAUUAAGUAGAAGAGAACACAGAUUGCUCGUUAAAACAACAGGAGACAUGUUUAGAUUAAUACCUUUCUCCGUAUUCAUCAUUGUACCAUUUAUGGAAUUCUUACUUCCCGUUGCAAUUAAAUUGUUUCCUGGCUUAUUGCCAUCUACUUUUCAAACUGCAGUUGAAAAAGAAGAUAAAUUAAAGCAAGCUUUAAAGGUUAAAAUUGAGAUGGCCAAAUUUUUACAACAAACAUUAGAUGAUAUGUCAUUACAAUCAUCGGAUCAUAAAUCCGAAAAAGCCAAAGAGUUUGCUGAAUUUUUUUAUAAAAUUAGAACAACCGGUAAUGUGGCGAGUAACGAAGAUAUAAUGAGAUUUAGUAAACUUUUUGAGGAUGAAAUUACUUUAGAUUCUUUAUCUCGACCACAAUUAAUUGCUUUAUGCAGAGUAUUGGAUGUUCAAAGACUUGGUACUACGAACUUUUUACGUUUUCUACUUCGAAUGCGGUUAAGAAGUCUUGCUGCUGACGAUAAGUUAAUCCAGAAAGAAGGUGUAGAUAGCUUAACGAGGAGCGAAUUACAACAAGCCUGCAGAGCACGUGCUAUGCGAGCAUAUGGAAUGCCAGAUACAAAGCUAAGAGAACAGCUAUCGCAAUGGUUAGAUUUGAGUUUGAAUAAAAAAGUACCACAGUCAUUGCUACUUCUAUCUCGAGCACUUAUGGUACCUGAAACCAUUCCUAUGUCAGACAAAUUAAUAGCAACUAUAUCAGCAUUGCCUGAAACAGUGGUUGCACGUACUACAUGUGCCAUUGGAGAAAAAGAAGGAAAACUUGACCUUAAAGCAAAUAUUGAAAUUAUUAAAAUGGAAGAACGUAAAAUUGAAGAAGAAAGAGAAGAACAAAAGCAAAAAGAAAAGAAAGAGGCAGAACCAACACCUAUUACUUUUAAAACGGAAUCUAAAAAAGAUGAAAUUACAGCAACUGAUGUAAAAGUUAUUGAGCAAGCCCUUGAAACACUAGACAAGGAUAAAAAGAAAAUGACUGUAGAAAAGGAAGAAUUGAAAGAGCUUAAGGAAGAGAUGGCAGAGUAUCAAGAGGAUGUCAAAGAAUUAUAUCAGAUAAAAGCCGAAACAAAGGGUGAAAUAGAUGUUGACAAUAUUAAAAUAUCAAAAGGAGCCAACAGAUUAUUUAAUAAAAUUAACAAGAUGAUUCAAAAGGCGGAUGCAGUUUUAUUAGAACUAGAACAAUCAGAGAAACAAGUUAAAGAGAAAAUACAAUCUUUAAGUCCAGAAGAACAAAAGGAAUCUAAAACUGUUGAAGAAUUAGUCAAAAUAGAUGAACUUAUUGCAACUAUAAAACAAAUACAAAAUGUAUCAGAUCAACCUAAAUUAAGAAGUAUAGCAGAAAUAUUAAAAAAAAUGGACGACGAUAAAGAUGGUGCUAUUAAACUCGAAAAUGUUUUAAAGAUUAUAGAACUUAUAGAAAAAGAAGACGUCAAAUUAAAUAAAAAACAAUUAGAUGAACUAAUUGAAAUGAUGGAUAAGGAAGAAAUAUUAGAAGCAGAUGAGCAAAUUCAAAAAAUCUUACAAACAGAAAGUAAAUCCUCGCCUGUUCCACCAGUUUCACCAGUUCCUGCUACACCCGUUACAAAAGAAAAACCGCUUGGAAAAGAAGAAUUAACAGAUGAUAUUUAUGAGCCUAAAAAAAAAUUUAAAAUUUCAACCAUUGAAAAAAGUAGUACAGAAAAAUCAGCCGAAAUUUUAACAAGUAAUUCCAAAUCCAAUGUGAACAAUCCAUCAUUAACACCAGGUGUUCCACCUAAAACAAAACAAACAGAAGGUUCUAAGCAACUAUGAUCAUCGCACAAUAAAAUAAUUAAUUAAUUUUAUUUUCUAAGUAAUUUUUCUACUUUACUUUGAAGAAAAUACGUACAAUAUAGGCAUAAUUAUUUUUAUGAAUCACUAUCUAUAGUGACGUUCUCAUAUUAUAAUUUUUGGCAAAAAUUAAUUAUUUAUUUAAAGCCUAAAAUAUAAUGAACUCGUAAUCCUGAUCUGUACAUAGUACACAAAGAUACUUAUAUCUAAAUAUAUUGUAUACAUUUGUAUAUUAUAUACAUAUAGCUCCAGUAAUAAUUUACUAAAGGAUAGAUUAUCUUUGAAAUAAUUAUUAAUUACGAAUAGUCUUUUAAUUAAGACUGCGAUGCAUUUAACAGCAUCUACUAUAAUGUUUUGUUUUGCAAAUGUGGAUACAUUUGUGCUGGUUACAAAUGGCAUGAGUGUUAAUAUUGGAUAUAUAAAAUUUCAUGUCUCAAAAUAACUUACACAAAGGAGAAUCAUUCCAUUUGAAUAAUGAAUGCUGUAUUUGUCAUCUUACAUUAAACUAGAUUUACAUCAUCAUUCAAGAUUCUUUUGCAACAAUAUCAACAUUAAUUGUCUGAUUAAUUAUAUAUGUCUCUUUGUGAAAUAAUAUUUCAGACAUAUAUAUAAUAUACAUGAGUUAUUCCACGACUGUAAAAUAAAACAGGACACAUACUUAUUAAAUAUAUGUACUACUGUUAUAUAAAAGAUGUUA